AUGGCCCAACAAAAUGCUCAGAAUGUUAUGCGAAGAAAAUUGGUCAUAAUUGGCGAUGGUGCUUGUGGAAAGACUUCUCUCCUGAGUGUUUUCACUCUUGGCUAUUUCCCAACUGUUCCAACUGUUUUCGAAAACUAUGUGACAGACUGCAGGGUUGACGGAAAGAAUGUCCAACUUGCAUUGUGGGAUACUGCUGGCCAAGAAGAUUAUGAGCGAUUAAGACCUCUCGCAUAUUCCAAAGCCCACGUUAUUGUAGUUGGGUUUUCUAUUGAUAUGCCCGAUUCGCUCGAAAACGUUAAGAACAAGUGGGUUGAAGAGGCACACGAACGCUGCCCGAAUGUACCAAUUAUUCUCGUUGGCCUCAAGAAAGACCUACGCGACGAUCCGGUUGCUAUCGAAGAAAUGCGGAAAAGAUCCCAGCGUCUCAUCAGCACCCGUGAAGCGACAGAAAUGUCACAUACUAUUGGCGCGCGAAAAUUUCUCGAGUGCUCUUCGUUAACUGGCGAAGGUGUAGACGACGUUUUUGAGGCAGCAACCCGGGCAGCUCUUCUCACAUUUCAAAACGAUGAAAGAGGAAACUGCUGUGUUAUUCUAUGA